GUCUGAAUGAAACGGCAGGAAGUGACGCCAUUGCGCCUCUACACAGCUUCAGACAAACACAACAAACAGUCGCAGAGAAAAACAGCUUCAACCGACAGAGAAACAAUUAAACACUGAGACUUAUACCGUCCCACAGCCGGGAUAAAUCUCCUGUCAGCCCGGAGCAGAGGACCAGAAGCCCGCAGAGAUGCCUGAGACUGAGAGCUACUCCAACCCUCUGGCCCCCGAGGGCCACGAAGUGGAUGACCACCGCUCUGCCGCGCAGUCCAAACUGACCAACGAUGACUUCAGGAAGUUGCUGAUGACACCUCGGGCUACGCCUGCCUCGGCUCCACCCACUAAGUCCAGACAUCAUGAAAUGCCGAGGGACUACAACGAGGACGAGGACCCCGCGGCCAGGAGGAGGAAGAAGAAGAGCUAUUACGCCAAGCUGCGGCAGCAGGAGAUGGAGCGGGAGAGAGAGCUGGCUGAGAAGUACCGGGAUCGAGCCCGAGAGCGCCGCGACGGCGUCAACAAGGACUACGAGGAGACCGAGCUCAUCAGCACCACGGCCAACUACCGGGCCGUCGGACCCACUGCCGAGGCGGACAAGUCUGCAGCAGAGAAGCGCCGGCAGCUGAUCCAGGAGUCCAAGUUCUUGGGUGGUGACAUGGAGCACACUCACUUGGUGAAAGGUCUGGACUUCGCUCUGCUGCAGAAGGUGAGAGCUGAGAUCACCAGCAAAGAGAAAGAGGAGGAGGAUAUGAUGGAGAAGGUCCAGAAGGAGACCAAGAAGGACGUAGAGCCAGAGGAGAAGAUCGAGUUCAAGACUCGACUGGGCAGGAACAUCUACCGCGUGGCGUUCCGGUCGGGCGUCCAGGAGAGGAAUGAGCUGUUCCUGCCCGGCAGGAUGGCUUACGUGGUCGACCUGGACGACGAGUUCACCGACACCGACAUCCCCACCACCCUGAUCCGCAGCAAGGCCGACUGCCCAAGCAUGGAGGCUCAGACGACUCUCACCACCAACGACAUCGUGAUCUCCAAGCUGACCCAGAUCCUGUCCUAUCUGAGACAGGGGACACGCCACAAGAAGAUGAAGAAGAAGGAUAAAGGUAAACUGGACGACAAGCGAGCUCCUGAAGCUGAUCUCAGCAUCUUUGACGACAUCGGGGACUACAUCCCGCCUGCCACGUCUAAACCCAAAGACAAAGAGCGCCACCGGGUACGAGACGAGGACAGCAAGAGCAGAAGACACGCCUACUUUGAGAAACCGCGCGUAGACGAACACCCACUGAUGGAUGUAGACACGGGUCCUGGGUCGAUCAAAGACCAGAUCAAGAUGAUCAAUGAGAAGUUUGGAACAGCAGCCAACCAGUGGCAGAACCAGGAACCUGGUUCCCAGAGGAGGGACUCCAGUAAGGAGCAGCUGGGAGAUUUCUUUGGAGGAUCCAACUCCUACGCAGAGUGUUACCCGGCAACGAUGGACGACCUGGCAGUGGACAGCGAUGAGGAGGUGGACUAUAGCAAGAUGGACCAGGGGAACAAGAAGGGUCCGCUGGGCCGCUGGGACUUCGACACCCAGGAGGAGUACUCUGAUUACAUGAACAACAAGGAGGCACUGCCCAAGGCCGCCUUCCAGUACGGCAUCAAGAUGUCUGAAGGCAGGAAGACACGUCGAUUCAAGGAGACCAAUGAGAAGGCAGAGCUGGACCGCCAAUGGAAGAAGAUCAGCGCGAUCAUCGAGAAGAGGAAGAAGAUGGAGGCUGAUGGCGUCGAUGUCAAGAGACCAAAGUACUGAAGACCUGCUGAGGUUCUGCUUUCUGACCCGUACCGACCUGUUGCUAGGAACUUUAAACACAGUCUGUUGUCAUGGAAACAAGAUUUAUCCUGAUUAUUGUAUCUGUUGUUAUUGAUCAGUUGUUGUGAUUUCCCAAUAAAAAACCAUCAGAUCCCA